AUGCAGGUUGAAAGACAGGCCAGAUAUGCACUUCUGCUGGCUGCAAAGGACUCUGAGUAUGUGAAGAAAGUGUAUGGCGGCUACUACAAUGUGUUUGUUGCAGCUUUUGGCGCAGAAGGAGAGAGUUGGGAUUUGUACAGAGUUGUAGAGGGAGAGUUUCCUAAAAAGAGUGAGCUUGAAAACUAUGAUGGCUUUGUGAUCAGUGGCAGCCCUUAUGAUGCUUAUGGCAAUGACCACUGGAUCAUCGAACUUUGCUUUCUCUUGCAAUAUUUGGAUGCCAUGGAGAAGAAAGUCCUUGGCAUUUGCUUUGGUCACCAGGUUUUGUGCAGAGCACUGGGGGGAAAGGUUGGGAAGGCUUAUACAGGGUGGGAUAUUGGGCUGAGGAAAGUGAAGAUAGUGAAGGACCUGUCGCCAUUCAGCUUCUUCGACGGAUUGGAUGAAAUCCCACCUGCGCUUUCGAUCAUCGAGUGCCAUCAAGAUGAGGUCUGGGAAGUUCCUUCGGGUGCUGAAGUGAUCGGAUACUCCAACAAGACGGGGGUCGAAAUGUUCAGCAUUGGAGCCCAUAUUCUUGGCAUUCAAGGCCAUCCUGAGUACUCCAAGGACAUCCUUUAUAAUCUCAUCGACCGCCUUCUCAACAACAACUUCAUAGAGAAAGGUUUUGCUGAAAACGCAAGGUCUGCACUGCAAUUGGCUGAACCAGACAGGAAGAUCUGGGAGAAGAUCUGCAAGAUUUUUCUCAAGGGGAGAUAG